AUGCCCUCAGGAAAACCUCGUCUCUACGUUGCGCUCUAUCCUAGUGGAGUGUCAAAUAAUGAGGAACGCAAAUAUCACUGGGCGUUCUUGAUCGGACCAAAGUCUGAAAAUGCUAGAGAAGUGCCUGGCGUGCGCCACCAUGUCACCAACCCAGCUCAUGUUGGGUGGCAAUACGAAAAGGCGGACCUAGCCAACGUCCGUAUGACCAACAACCUCCUUGCACGUAUCGCUAUUGCAAAGAUAGAGGACGUAGAGAGACUCGAGGCCAUUCUGAAGAGUGUGCCUGUCGUGCAGAACGACUCCAAUUGGAGAUGUCGAACCUGGAUAGCCAGCGCAUUGGCAGAAAUAGAAAAAGAUGGGAAGGCUGUUGGGACCGCUGUGUUGGACUGGAAAGAGAUCGAGGAGACUGCGAGAAGAUAUGUCGCUCAGAAGACUGCUGCAGGGCGCUAUCUGGACGUCGAAAAGAUCAGAAAGCCAAGACCGACAUGGAGCAUGUUGGAGGAUAAGGAGACUACGACUUGA